CAGCCAUGGGCUCGGAGCCUGCGGGGGCGCAAAUGGGGCUGGAGGAACUGCCCGGCCGACCUGGGGAGGCUGCCUCCCGCACCGGCCCUAGACUCUGAGCCGCGGUGGGGUCCCUGCCGGCGCUGCGAGGGCCCGUGAUUGCGAACGGGGCGCAUCGGAGGAGCCGGACAGCCGUCGGGCACUUCCGGGGGGCCCGUCUGACCGCCGCGCUGAUCGAGAGGACUGUGGGCACAUCUAGGGGUAUACGGGGACCCCGCCAGGCACGUUUCGGGGGCCGGGGCGCGUCCGCAGGGGCCCACCGCACAUCCCCGGGGGUCACCGCCGGGCCCCAGCGCCUCCUUGGUCCGGCCCCGGCGCGUCCCUGGAUGGCUGAGCGGUCCCCUCGCCGGCCUCCCGGGCGCCACAGCGGCUGAGCUCGCCGGGGUCUCCGGGCCGCUGCCUCCCUCGCCGCCCCCUGCAUGCCCAGCGCCCGGGUCGCGGCCCACCUGGACGUGCUGGGCCCCCUGACCCCCUACGUGCCACCGCCGCUGUUGCCCUCUAUGUUCUACGUGGGCCUGUUUUUCGUCAAUGUGCUGAUCCUAUACUACGCCUUCCUCAUGGAGUACAUCGUCCUCAACGUGGGCCUCGUCUUCCUGCCCGAGGACAUGGACCAGGCGCUCGUGGACCUCGGCGUGCUUUCCGACCCCGGCCUGGGCCUCUACGAUGCCGACUCGGAGCUCGACGUCUUCGAUGGUUACUUGGAGUAGGCCUCGCUGCCCCCGAACCCCUCCACGACCUGCAGCCUUCCACCCGGACCAGCCUCCCGGAUCAUGCCGCCGCUGCUGGCUGAGGACGCCGUUUGGCCAGGGAUGGGACCUCCAGAACGAGGCCCUCUCCGGCCCCCGAAGCCUGCCUGCUCCCUUCCAAAGUUCUGUGCCAACGGAGAGGUUCCCGUCCAGACCCAGGACGGCGGGAUGGAGUGGUUGAGACUGAGUGCCGAGGUCGGGAAGGCCUCUCCCCCCCUUCCCAGAAGAAGGCAGGCAUGUCCGAAGGCCUCGCCCGCCUGCAGCACUGCACAGAUGGCCUUGCCUUGGCUUCCCACCUUCCGCACCUGCGAUGGAUGUUUACAGGAACCCAGCCAGAGUAUGCCUCCCUGCUCUGUAUCCCCGACUGCACCUGCUCCCCCAACUUAACUUUCAGGACACUUCAAACCAUGGACACACGAAAGUGACAGGCAACUCCGGCUGAUGCCUGUGAAGCCCUGAGCCCGACCGGGUUUGAUGCAGGCUGAUCUUAGGGACGGCGACUGUUGCAGGGAGUAACUCCGGAAGAGCAGAGGCCGGGAGUGUGUCCAGAGCAGAGGGCAGGGUUUCACUUACUCAUUUCAAGUCGCUUGUUCAUCAAGUUGCCCAAAGUGACCCAUCAUGCCCAGGGAGAACCAUGUUGCUCCUCUGGCCUGAAAUAUUUUUAGAAAAUGUGAGUCGUACGAAUACUGGACUUUGAUAAACCUGUGAAAGCAAUAAUUAGGAGGCUGACUUCCUUCAAUUAAAAAAAUGUAUGCAACUUCAA